GAUAAAAAACGCGAUAAGAAAUGAGCAUAUGAGCGAAAUUCCACCCUGUACAAACCUAGGAAUACAUAAUCCUCCGAAUAAGAAGGUUAUUGACGCUACUCUCUCAGAUUAUGCUAAUAUUUAUAUUAAAUGCUGUUUUUCUGAACUUGACCAGCGUCCAGUACUAGGUGAAGUUUCAAAAAAUCUUGAAAAUCUAUCGGAGAAGGUAAUUGUUGAAUUUAUUGCAAAUUGUAUUAACAUAAAUAGUCAGCAAAUUACACAGUUAAUGAUAGGCAACCGAUUGGGUUCCUCUAAUAAUAUAACUGAAAAUUUAAACGUGGAUAAGCAUCAUGAAGAUAAUCAAGAUGAAUCAAACGAUAAUCUUG